UUAGAAAGUUCCUGGUCUGUCCUUCCUUCUCUGUCCCCUCCCUCCUUUGUUCUCUUUUCUCUUUCACUCUGAUCACGGUUCUAAAAACAACUCCUACCUGCCAAGGUCAAUGUUUAAUGUUUCAGAGCCUUUAUAUAGUCCCCAUGAACAGACCUGUGCAUCUUUCAGCACUGGGCUAGUUCAGCACCAUGACUACUGUGUGGAAAGUGAUUGUGGCCCACAGGAAUUACCUGAUUGCUUUCCUAGUACCUUUUCUGCUUCUUCCUCUCCCGCUGGUCGUUCCUACCAAGGAAGCCCAAUGUGGUUAUGUUAUCAUCCUGAUGGCGCUGUUUUGGUGUAUGGAAGUCCUGCCAUUGGGUGUUACUGCCCUCUUUCCUGUCGUGCUAUUCCCGCUCAUGAACAUAAUGGAUUCGACUAAAGUCUGUAUGGAGUAUCUGAAGGACACCAACAUGCUCUUCAUUGGGGGGCUGAUGGUGGCCAUUGCUGUUGAACACUGGAACCUACACAAGCGCAUCGCCCUGCGGGUCUUGUUAAUCGUUGGGGUCAGACCAGCCCUGCUAAUUAUGGGCUUCAUGUCUGUGACUGCAUUCCUGUCCAUGUGGAUUAGCAAUACUGCCACCACUGCCAUGAUGAUACCAAUAGCCCAAGCUGUACUGCAGCAGCUGCACAAGUCAGAGCAGGAGACCAGUCCAGUGGGGCCUGUGGCUGGGAGCAUCAACAAAGCCUUUGAGCUGCAGGAGGUGCCAGAUAAAUCAGAUGCCUCUCAAGAGACCCAAAAACAAGAUAACGGACAUGUGCUCACAGUGGAGGAAGAAGAGAAACUGAAAGAUCUGAAGCAGCUGGAAGAGGAGAAGCACCUGACAUUUUGCAAGGGAAUGAGCCUCUCUGUUUGUUAUGCGGCCAGUAUUGGAGGGAUCGCAACCUUGACUGGUACUACCCCCAACCUGGUGAUGAAGGGACAGAUGGAUGAGCUCUUUCCUGGCAAUAACAAUGUGGUGAACUUCGCUUCCUGGUUCAUGUUUGCUUUCCCUACCAUGAUACUGUUGCUGGCUCUUUCCUGGAUUUGGCUCCAGAUAAUGUUCUUGGGAUUUGACUUUCGGAAGAAUUUUGGUUGCGGAGCUAAUGCGUCUAUGAAGGCAAAGCAGAAAAUGGCUUACAGGGUUAUCAAGGAUGAGCACAAGAAGCUGGGCCCCAUGAGAUUUUCAGAGAUAGCUGUCACAGUCCUCUUCUUAUUAUUGGUGGUGCUUUGGUUUACCAGAGACCCUGGGUUCAUGCCAGGCUGGGCAACUAAUGUCUUCAACAAGAAUGGCGAAAGUUAUGUGACUGAUGCGACAGUUGUCAUCUUCAUUUCACUUCUGAUGUUCCUAAUCCCUUCAGAGAUCCCCACCUAUCUAUGGCAUAAUAGGGCUCAGCAAGCGCCACAACAAGAUAGCACAAGGCAGAUUCCAGUGCUCCCUGCUCUCUUGGACUGGAAGACGGUUAAUCAGAAGAUGCCCUGGAACAUUGUGAUUUUGCUGGGAGGUGGCUUUGCCCUGGCCAAAGGCAGUGAGGAAUCUGGUUUGUCUGUAUGGUUAGGUAGCAAACUGACCCCUUUGCAGAAUAUCCCAUCUCCUGCUAUUGCUUUGCUGUUAUGUCUCCUGGUGGCCACUUUCACCGAAUGCACCAGUAAUGUGGCUACCACCACCCUCUUCCUUCCUAUACUGGCUUCCAUGGCUCAAGCCAUCUGCCUCAAUCCGCUCUACGUCAUGCUGCCAUGCACACUCUCCGCAUCAUUGGCAUUCAUGCUCCCAGUGGCUACUCCUCCCAAUGCCAUUGCCUUCUCCUAUGGACAGCUCAAGGUUAUUGACAUGGCUAAAGCUGGGAGUGUUCUCAACAUCUUGGGUGUCCUGACAAUCAUGCUUGCCAUAAACACCUGGGGCUACCCCUUGUUCAAUUUGAAUAAAUUUCCAGUAUGGGCAAACAGCACGUCAGCAGCUUCCUGUUACUAAUACAGAUGGACAAUGAAACCAAUAGCGGUGUCUGAUGGAGCAGUAUUGUCACUCUGACCAGCAGCACCAUCUACUCAAGCUUUGGUGUUGUACUGGACCAGACACAACAUCUAGAAACAAAGUCACCCAGAUGUUAACAGCAACACAAUUAUCUGACUCUUCUGCUGUAUGCAAAAGAUAUAGCCUUGUGCUGUGCAACCCUUGCUGGGGUCCCAGGCUACCUCUCUCUUGAGAACCAGUGGGAAAUUUCCCCCAGUAUCAGGCACAUCCAUUGGCUCUCAGAUUUUGCCUGCAAAUUCAGUGUUUGUUUUGAGUGUACAAGAAGAGGAAAGGAAGUGUGACAGAGAAGUGUAUGUAAGAGGUUGGAGGGAGACAUUUGCACCUGAUGUUGUGUAUGCAACUGUGUGUAUUUGAAACCUCUGUUUGUAGGUACAGACCUCUGUGUAUGUGUGCUUGUGCAUGGGCAUGGUGAACAUAAAACGGUAAGUGUGAUCUGCAAGCACUCCGGCAAUGUAUGUAUUGUAACAGUUAUGGACAAAUCAAAACACUAUCUAGCCCAUUCUAUUUCUCUGUAAUUUAUUUAUUUUAAAUUCACUCUGUAGUUGAAGUUCCUAAGAGCUUCUGAAAGUAAGAGGCUGUUUUCACUAUGACUAUUUAUGGAGGCUCAAAAACUGUGCAGGGGUAGUCUAUUUUUUUGUCAAGAUCCAAAUUUGUUGGUCAAGGUAUAGUCAAGGUCCAAACUCCAGAGAAAAUAACAAAAAAGAAAAAACCAACAACAAUAAUUAUAAUAAUAAGUACAUAAAAAGAUUUUGGGGUUCAUUCAAAAGUGUCUGGCAGUCCGGAUUUGGCCCAUGGUCCGCCUAUUGACUACCCCUGCUGUAACAACAUGACACGAACUCUAGCAUUCUCCUGAGAAUGGGAAAAUUCUUGUUUC